GUACAAAAUCAGCAGGGGAUCAAAUACUUUUUUUCCCUCACUGUAUGACAUAACGUCACAUUUACACAAUCACCUCACGUACCUCCAGGGAUCCGCGUACCCCCGGUUGAGAACCACUAUUUCAGGAAGAACUCCCAAGCAGGAGGCCCCGUUUCCAGCAGUGAAAUGAAUAUGUAAUUGAAGGUCUCUUCCAUUACCAUGGUAAUGGAUUCCCCCCACGCCCAUACCCUGUACGGUUGUAUCUGAAUAUUCAUUUAAAAGUCCAGAGGUCAUCGUGGCUCAAGGCAUGCCACCAGCCCUCGCCAUUGCUUCAGUCCUGCUGCUAUAUCACAUGGCUGUUGCAAAGAUUUAUUGGGAAGCUUUGUAAGGAAAUGGCGAUGAAAUUUUGAGAGAUGGGUGGCGGCGGUGACCCAAAGGAAAGAUGUAAAAAGCCGUCGGAAUUCGCAAACACUUUGCCCCCCUCCAAGAGCCAAGUGCGUGCGAGCACUUACAAUGCGUGAGUGGCAUCUGCAAUUCUCUAGCAACUACGAUGCCACACGGCAGUCUGAGUGAACCACGCAAGGUAAAGCGGCAACGGCCAUCCAGACCAAUGGAAGAUUAUCACGUCGACGAGAUGGAAUCAGGCGCGUGCGACCAAUGCUCGGACGGAGGGGAUGGGUUGACCAAGAACAAAGGAGCCGUGGUGUACGGCGUCUACGACACCCCUCCGUGGUACCUGUGCAUUGUACUUGGCCUACAGCAAUUCCUGACGGCAUUCGGCACCAUCGUGGCGAUCCCGUUCAUCCUCUCGGAGCACCUGUGCAUCAGCCACGACGACGUGGCGAAGGCUUACCUCAUCAACACCAUCUUCUUCGUGUCCGGCCUGUGCACUCUCCUCCAGGUCAACUUCGGCAUUAGGCUGCCCAUCCUGCAGGGUGGCACCUUUGCGUUCGUGACGCCCACGGUGGCGCUGCUCUCCCUGCCCGAGUGGAAGUGCCCCGAGACGCCGCUCAACAUCACGAGCCCCGAGCACGAGGAAAACUGGCACUCGCGCAUGCGGGAGGUCCAGGGCGCCGUGCUGGUGGCCUCCACCGUGGAGAUCGUCCUGGGCUUCUCGGGCCUCGUGGGCUUCGUCCUGCGCUUCGUGGGACCGCUGUGCGUGGCGCCGACCGUGUCCCUCAUCGGCCUCUCGCUCUUCAAAGUCGCGAGCAACGACGCCGGAACGCACUGGGGGAUAUCGGCCAUGACCAUUUUUCUCAUCGUGCUGUUCUCCCAGUACAUGAAGAAUCUGGCUUUGCCAAUCCCCGCCUACAACAAAGGCUGUCGGAUAAAAUGGUUCCAAGCAUUCAAGUUAUUACCGGUGCUACUGGCUAUGGGCAUCUCGUGGCUCCUCUGCUACAUCCUCACGGUGUGCGACGUCUUCCCCAGCGACCCACAAGCCUACGGCCACGUCGCCCGCACCGACGUGAGGGCUGCCGCCCUGCAGAAAUCGCCCUGGUUCCGAUUCCCCUACCCAGGUCAGUGGGGUGCACCGACCGUGAGCGCCGCGGGGGUGCUGGGCAUCCUGGCGGGGAUCGUGAGCUCCAUCGUGGAGUCGGUGGGCGACUAUUACGCUUGUGCCCGCCUUGUGGGCGCUCCGCCACCCCCGCGCCACGCCGUGAACCGCGGCAUCGGCAUGGAGGGCAUCGGCUGCCUGCUCGCGGGCGCCUGGGGCACGGGCAACGGCACCACCUCGUACAGCGAGAACAUCGGCGCAAUAGGCAUUACCAAGGUGGGCAGCCGCAUGGUCAUCGUGACGGCCGGAUCCAUGAUGCUGCUGCUGGGCAUGCUGGGUAAAGUCGGCGCCGUGUUCGUGACCAUCCCCACGCCCGUCAUCGGGGGCAUGUUCAUGGUGACGUUUGGCAUCAUCACCGCGAUCGGCGUGUCCAACCUCCAGUUUGUGGACAUGAACUCAACGCGAAACAUCUUCAUUUUUGGCUUCUCCACGUUCGCUGGGCUGGCUGUGCCUGGGUGGCUCAUGGACAACCCCGAUAUUCUCCAAACCGGCGUCCGAGAACUUGACCAGAUCUUGCAGGUGCUGCUUACCACCAGCAUGUUCGUCGGUGGCUUCCUCGGGUUGCUGUUGGACGUCACCAUUCCAGGCACCGAGGAGGAGCGAGGGCUGCUCAAGUGGCGGAGCGCCGGCCACUCGGCCGCAGACGGUGGCGACGUGGGGGCGAGCAGGGCUGAGCGCCUCGCGCGCGAGCAGAAGUUCUACGGCCUCCCGUUCCGCUUGGACGCCCGUCUGCCCAGGUCAUGGGCCCGAUGGCUCCCGUUUUGGCCGCCCGGUGUCGACGUGGGCGAGAGCGAGGGGUCUCGCCAAGCCGCCGCGGACACGGACAGCAUUCCCGUCGACUUGGUCAUAGUCAACAAUGCCAUUAUCUUGGGAAACAUCACCAUGAAUUUGUGAUUACUCUCGAAAAGCGCAGCUGGCCAUUUGGACUCACGCGCUUGUGUGUGUGUGUGUCGUAAUCUUCAACACGUCAACCCAAGAGGCAGUGGUCAACACGGCAGCCCCAUACAGAUUUUGAACCUGUGGAGGUCAUAAUAAAACAGUUUAUCUCCUCGAGAAAACCCCAUUGAAUGGCAACUUUUUUUUUGUAAUGCGUGUUUAGUACGUGCACCUCCGAUUAGCACGGUUGGCUACGUAUGGUACGAAAGAAGUUCAACAUACGUGCAUACAAGAAAUCGGAAUAAACGGAGAAAACGCAUGCAUAUGAGGGGAUAUCACCGAAAGCUCCACGCAGAUGGAUUCGAUCCACUGCUGUACUCUCACCUCCUAAUGACCUAAUGCCCGAUUCACAAAUACGAUGUAGGCACCAUCACUAAGCGAUACAUUCCAUGACGCUGGUUGGGUAUCUGAGCAACGUACUGGGCAGACUCCAGCUUGUUCAGAAUGCGGCAGCUAGAGUGCUCACACCACGCACGCCAUUCCGUGAGCAGAUCACAGCGCUCCUCUUAUCUCUCCAUUACGCUAUUCCAUCAAGGUCCUGCAGAUCUUCUGGUCUCCACCUGCUCAGCACUCCCAAGGUCGAGGUUGUUCUUAUUUGGUGAUCGCGGCUUUUGUUUGCGUGGGCACCCAAGCCAUGGAAAGCAUUGCCACUUGAUGUCAGGCAGAGUCGAUGGGGUAUAUUGAAGUCUGCUUUGUAAACCCAUCUCUAUCUUUUAAGUGGCCUUCCGUCUUCAGUUUGGUCGGUUUGCCCUGGUUCUGUUUUUGUUUCCUGCUUUUCAUACAUUCCGCAUUGGGAUCACGGGAUUGAAUGCGCAUUAUAAAUUAUAAUUAUUCUUAUUGCCCCUGAUGGCUCGUCCACUUCAACGUAAAAUCACAGUUGUCGCUCUGCGUCAACGUCAGCCGUGCGAGGAAGAAUACUCCCUCGUCAUUGACACCCAAGCUGACCAACACCGUCCAUUGACAAGCAGCUCACCCACCCUCCCAGGCACUCACCACCGUCAACCUGCGUGGCUUCUAUAUGCACGAUUUAGUCCAUCGUAUGCUGUGCCUUUUAACGAGC